CACGUGACCCUGCUCGGGGAUAAAUGGACUGAGCGGCCCGGCUCGGCAGCCGCUCUACCGCAGGCCCGUGGUCCCCCGAGACUGACAGCCCGCUCCGGAGCCCGCACCGACAGCCGCCGGCCGCACGGAGCGCCCGCAACCCGACAGCAUGACCCUGGAUUUGUCAGAGGCCCUGAAGGAGGCCACCAAGGAGGUGCACACCCAGGCAGAGAAUGCUGAGUUCAUGAGGAACUUUCAGAAGGGCCAGGUCACCCGAAAAGGCUUUAAGCUGGUGAUGGCCUCCCUCUACCACAUCUACGUGGCCCUGGAGGAGGAGAUCGAGCGCAACAAGGAGAACCCGGUCUAUGCCCCGCUCUACUUCCCGGAGGAGCUGCACCGCAGGGCUGUCCUGGAGCAGGACAUGGCCUUCUGGUAUGGACCCCGCUGGCAGCAGACCAUCCCCUACACGCAGGCCACGAGGCGCUAUGUGCAGCGACUCCAAGAGGUGGGGCGCAUGCAGCCCGAGCUGCUGGUGGCGCACGCCUACACCCGCUACCUCGGUGACCUGUCUGGGGGCCAGGUCCUCAAGAAGAUUGCUCAGAAGGCCCUAGACCUGCCCAGCUCUGGCGAGGGUGUGGCCUUCUUCACCUUCCCCAACAUUGCCAGCGCCACCAAGUUCAAGCAGCUCUACCGCGCCCGCAUGAACUCCCUGGAGAUGACCCCUGAGGUCAGGCAGCGGGUAAUCGAAGAGGCCAAGACGGCAUUCCUGCUCAACAUUCAGCUGUUUGAGGAGGUGCAGGAGCUGCUGACUCACGACGCCGAGGACCAGACUCCCUCACAGGCCCCAGGGCUUCGCCAGUGGGCCGCCAGCAGGACGCAAGACUCUGCUCCCACAGAGACUCCCAGAGGGAAGGCCCAGCUCAGCAUCCUGCCCCAGGCUCCGCUUCUCCGAUGGGUCCUUACACUCAGCUUUCUGGUGGCAACGGUUGCUGUGGGGCUUUAUGCCAUGUGAACGCAAGCGUGCUGGCUCGUGGGGGCCGUGAACUCUGUCCGAAGGAGCCCUCUUUCCGGAGAGGGAAAAUCUCCUGGCUGCUUUCCUUACUUACCUUGGGCACGGAAGGUUGUCAGGGCCCCUGCCCUCUACCUGUGUCCCUCUCUGGAAAGGAAGGUUUUUGUGGCAUCUUCCCCAAACGCACAUCAGCCCAUGACCUGAACUUCAAAGCAGGGCAAGGAUACCUUCCUGGCCCCUAAACAUCCUGCGUUCCUGCAGCAGAGCCUGGGAGACAUGGCCAGGAGCAGCAGCUCUCCUGCACCUCAGCUGCCCUGGGUUCACGGUCUCCGUGUUGACAUGACUGCCUUCCCUGUGGGCCAUGGCGAUUUUUAAUAUAAAUGUGCAAAGAUGUUGUGUCUUUGGUCUGUCUUGUUUUUGUUAGAGCCAC